AUGUGGAGCGCGGACGUGAAGCAGCCCGAUGUUCGCGUUGACGAAUCCGGUGGGAUUUCUGAUGGCUCCGCCGAGACUUUGGUCUCCCCAGUGACAUUUGAGGGCGCUCUCCGGAGCAUCGGACCUUUUUCGCUCCUUAAUACAAUCCACGUCGGUCAAUUUGGUACUAGCUCUGGUAGAGGAGAAGAAGCCUACUACAAGAAUCGCAUGCAACCCGAAAGGCCCGACCGCCCGUUCCAGGUCUUAUUGAGGUCAGCUGGCUACCAGUGA